CUCAGAGGCUCUGCCCGAGGGGUGUCCCACUGCGGCCGCUGUGUUGGGGUGGGGUGCUGCCCCCGCCCCCAAGCUGUGGGGGUCCCCAUCGCAUCACCCUGUGCUUCGCGGCAUGACCGGAAGCCUCCUCCCUUCCCGUCCCCGGCGCUUUCGCCCUGUCAGCUCCCCCGUGCCCCAUGGCUGCCAGCUCAGCCGUGGGGCACCCCACGCUGCCAGCCUGCCGAGGCAAAGGAGCUUUCCCUGCUCCACGGGGCUCUGGUGACGACGAGUCCGGGUGGGCUGUGGGGCAGGGUUGGGUGUCACCCAUCCCACUGUGUCCCCCCUGCAGAUGCCGUGAGCCAUGUCGGACGAGAAGCCCCCGCAGCUGGUGGACUACUUCGUGGUGGCUGGACUGACGGACACCUCGCGGCCGCUGGAGGAGGAGAACCAGCAGCACCGCCCGGCCCGCCCCAGCGAGCCCAUCACCGACGUGGCCGUCAUCAUCCGCUCGCAGGGCGAGGAGGUGCCCCACGGCUUCACCUGCAUUGAGACCACCACCUCAGGCCACCCCGUUGACCUCAACGCCGGGCUGCUCAACAACCCCCAGAUGUUCAUAUGCUACAAGCGGGGCCGGGACAAGCCCCCCCUCAUUGAGCUGGGGGUGCACUAUGAGGGCAAGGACCGCCCGAAGCCAGGCUAUAAGAUUCUGGACACGACGCCCUACAGCCGCUCGGCCAACCUCAAUUCGGGGGGGCCGGGGCACCAACGCACCUUCCUGACCCCGGCCGGCCGCGACGCCGGCAGCCUCUUCGCCCUACAGGGGUUCCUCAAGUCCCGGGAGCGGGCGUACCACCGGUUUUACGGGCAGCUGCUGCGCACCCAGCUCUUCACCCAGUUCAUCGAGGACUGCUCCUUUGCCAGCGACCGAGACCCCUGCCUUGAGUUUUUUGACACCUGCGUGGAUAAGGUGCAGGUGGAACUGGGGAAGGCCCUGCUGUGCCAGGGCAGGAGCAGUGCCCCCAGCAGCCCGGCCCCACGCAGGACCAAGCAGGAGAUGAAGGUGGCCCAGCGCGUGGCCCAGAAGUACUCUUCGGUGCCAGACAUGUGGGCCAAGUGCCUGCUGGGGCACUGCUACGGGCUCUGGUUCCUCUACCUGCCCACCCACGUCCGCGCCGCCCCUGCCAAGCUGCGGGCGCUCCAGCUGGCCUACGAGGUCCUGCGCAAGAUGGAGGCUCACAAAGUGGUGCUGCCAGAUGAGGUCUGCUACCGCAUCCUGAUGCAGCUCUGUGGGCAGUACGGGGAGCCAGUGCUGUCGGUGCGGGUGCUGCUGGAGAUGAAGCGUGCUGGCAUCGUGCCCAACACCAUCACCUACGGCUACUACAACAAGGUCCUGCUGUCCAGCUGCUCGCGGUGCCAGGGCUGCGGCGUGCUGGUGUACGACGAGGAGGUGAUGGCCGGCUGGACCUCCGAUGACUCCAACCUCAACACCACCUGCCCUUUCUGCGGCCGCUCCUUCGUCCCCUUCCUCAGCAUCGAGAUCCAGGACUUCCAGCCGCCCCCCAGUGCCGCCGAGGAUGGCUCCCUCCCUCCUGCCACGCAGGGACCGGUGCUCAGUGACCGUCGCCGCUGCCUGGCCCUGGACGAGACCGAGCCGGAGCUCUGCAACGGCUGCCUGGACGCGGCGGUGCCACGGAGGUCGGAGCGGGUGGCUUUCGCCUACCUGAGCCCAUUGGUGCUGCGGAAGGAGCUGGAAAGUUUGGUGGAGAACGAAGGUGGCGAGUUCCUGGCGCAGCCGGAGCUGGUGGACAGUCACCCCAUCAUCUACUGGAACCUCGUCUGGUACUUCCAGCGCCUGGGGCUGCCCAGCAACCUCCCCCGCCUGCUCCUGGGCUCCCAGCACGUUGCCCCGGCCCCGCAGGUGAGGCGGGGUGGGGGGAGCUAUGGGGAGGCUUAUUGUUUUAUUCCCUACAACAAUUUCAAUAAACCAGUGGCCGCGUGGAAGAAGGCGGCGCUUUGGUGGCCGCGGCCGGAGUCUCCGCUCUUGAUUCGGAGGCACUGGUUUAACGUGACGCUGGGUGUCUGGUAG